AUGGGUAAUGUAACUACAAUCAAAGAAUUUCUUCUCUUGGGAUUUGGGAGUCUCCAUGGGUUGCAGUUUUUGCUUUUUGUGUUAUUUCUUGGAAUCUAUGUUGUGACAUUGCUUGGGAACAUUCUUAUCAUUACAGUCGUUUCUUUUGACCGUAGCCUCCACACCCCCAUGUACUUCUUUCUGUCUAACUUCUCUUUCCUUGAGAUCUGGUAUACGACUUCCAUUGCUCCCAAAAUGUUAAAGACCCUCCUCUCAGGUCCUGAGGUGAUAUCUUUUGCAGGCUGUGUGGCCCAGUUUUACUUUUUUGGUUCCAUGGCAGUCGUUGAGUGUUUUCUCCUUGCUGCCAUGUCUUAUGACCGCUACCUUGCCAUCUGCAGUCCCCUCAGGUAUCCGGUCCUCAUGAAUUUCCAUACAUGUGUCCUACUUGCAAGUGGAUCUUGGCUGGGUGGGUUCCUAACUCCAGUGGUCACUGUCACCAUGACUUUUCAGCUGCCAUUUUGUGCCGCCUAUAAGAUUGACCACUUCUUCUGUGAUCUGGCCCCUGUACUGAAACUGGCCUGUUCUGAUCCUGAGACAGUAGAGAGAACCACUUUCCUCAUGGCCUCCUUUGUCACCAUGGUGCCCUUCCUGCUGACUGUAGCCUCCUAUAUACGCAUUGUUGCUGCUGUCCUCAGGAUCCCAUCAGCUGCAGGAAAGCAACGGGCCUUCUCCACCUGCUCCUCACAUCUCAUUGUAGUCACCCUGUACUAUGGAACACUGGGGACUGUAUAUGCUAUUCCCACAGCAACCCAGGCUGCUGCCCUUAACAAGAUUUUCUCCUUACUUUACACUGUGGUAACCCCCAUGAUAAAUCCUAUCGUGUAUAGCCUGAGGAACAAGGAUGUUAAAAAGGCAGUGAGAAGGCUAAUGAGUCAAUGGGCAGAUGAUAAGGGAACCUAA